ACUGACUUCCCAGCUGGACCUCAGACUUUUCUCAGCAAAUGGACCUCUCAAAUCAUCUAGAACACAAGUGCUCGAGGAUGUGAGGUUCUGAACAAGCCCAGAUCUCUCCAGCUUCUGGAGGAGAUGGUGACAAAAACCAGAGCAUGUGCAAUGAACUCCCUCACCAAGCCACAGUCUGGGGGUUGCAAAUAAAAAAGCAGAAAAUGACGCAAGCUAAGAGCAGGCUGAGGUUUCCUGUUUCAACUCCACACUACAUAUAUAGAGAUUGCCAUUCUGUACCUGUCUCCUGCCUGGCCUCAAUAACUGCUUUGGCUCCUCAGGACAGUGGUAGAAGAUGCUGCUUCUCCUACUCCCAAGUGCUUUUCUCCUUCUACCAUGGGCUGGGGCUGGAAGGAUCAUUGGAGGAAGGGAAGUUAAGCCCCACUCCAGGCCCUACAUGGCUUACUUACAAAUUGAAAGUAGCUCAGAUACUAACAGAUGUGGAGGGUUCCUGAUUCGCCCAGAUGCAGUGCUCUCAGCAGCUCAUUGUGUGCAUGGAAAAGGAAAGGUGAAUAUCACUGUGACCCUGGGAGCCCACAAAAUAAAAAAGAAAGAACCGAGCCAGCAGAAGAUCCGAGUUGGAUGUUGGGUCAUCCAUCCCAGAUACUUAAAUUAUAGAUCUGGAAAUGACAUCAUGCUGCUGAAGCUGAAGAAAAAGGCCAAGAUGACAAAGUAUGUGAAACCCAUCUCCUUGCCCAGUCACAACGAAACUGUCACACCAGGAACUAAAUGUAGUGUGUCUGGCUGGGGCCAGACAUCGGUGACAGGGCAUAGGACUGAUGUGAUGCUAGAGGUGGACCUGGGGCUGCAGCGUGACGAAGUGUGUGAGGGGUCUUUCAAAGGCUACUGCUGCCAGUCUAUGAUCUGUGCCGGUGAUAUGCGUGGCAGAAAAUCAACCUACAAUGUAAGUGUUUGGAUGGGGCUGGGACCACAGUCAGUCGUGUUCUCAGGUGAGGGUCAAAAGGGCAGUACAAUGAACCAGAUUCUUCAGCAGAAUGUGCUGAGGCUCCUCACAGCAGAUCUGAAGCUGAUGUGCUCCCUGAGCUGGGGUGCACUUGCCCAACUCUCAGCAUCAAUUUGCCUCUUUACUCACUUGGGGAUGUUCUACCCAUCCCAGCCAGUGCCCCAGCAGCCUGCAGAGCUUGUGUAAAUCCUUUGUCAUAUCCUCGCUGGAAGUGUUCAGGUACUCCCCCGUGUCUAAACUAGGAUUAGAUCCUUCCUUUCAGAAAGGUUUUGAAUCUCAAAUAGCCUCCAGUCCUGAGUUGCUUCCCAGAAGGGCUUAGAGGAGUAGUGAGGCAGCUACAAACCCUGCAGAGCUGGGUCUGGAGAGAGGGAGGGGGUCAGAAGAGGAGGUUCUUCACAUGGGGAGAGGGAAUUGGAAUAGUUUGUUCCUUAGGGCAGGGAGAGCUGUGCUGUGACAGGGCUGACCCCUUUCACUCCUUUCACUCCACAGGGGGAUUCUGGAGGCCCAUUAGUCUGCAAUCGGAAGGCUCAUGGCAUUGUUUCUUAUGGAUAUCAAAAUAAACCCUUCCCUAAGGUAUUUA